UCACGCCGUGCGCUGUGCACGGGCCGAACCCGCUCCCGUUUGAGUCCAGAGCCAGGGAAGGCAGCGCUGCUGGAGCCGCAGCUGCACCGGGCAGGGGGAUGGCCGAGAGCGCAAACGGCAUUUCCCAAAUCCUGCUCCGUUCCUUUGGCGUCCUGCUUAGGAGGGGUUUUAGAACGUGUCUGGAGGGUCUGUUGGGCUGGGGAGGUGCCGGUGCCCGGACCGUGCAGGGAUGCGGGCUGGGGAGGUGCCGGUGCCCGGACCGUGCAGGGACACGGGCUGGGGAGGUGCCGGUGCCCGGACCGUGCAGGGACACAGGCUGGGGAGGUGCCGGUGCCCGGACCGUGCUGGGAUGCGGGCUGGGGAGGUGCCGGUGCCCGGACCGUGCAGGGAUGCGGGCUGGGGAGGUGCCGGUGCCCGGACCGUGCAGGGAUGCGGGCUGGGGAGGUGCCGGUGCCCGGACCGUGCAGGGAUGCGGGCUGGGGAGGUGCCGGUGCCCGGACCGUGCUGGGAUACAGGCUGGGGAGGUACCGGUGCCCGGACCGUGCAGUUUCAGCGGGCUGGAGCAGCAUCCCGGACCCUGCCGGCCGUGGCGGGGCGAUGCCGUUGUGGCGAGCGGCUGCUGCCACCGGCUGGUCCCUGCCCUGCACUGCGGCUGCACGGAUCCGCCGCUCCCGUCCCGUCCUCCUUCACCGGCCGAUGCCACAUCCCUCUCUCAGCGCCGCUUCCAAACUGUGAUUCACAGAGAGCCAAGAGAAGCGCAGAACCCAGAGGGAAAAACAUCUUUAAUUCAGACUUUGCACGUUUUUCUGCCGGAAUAUUUUUAACGCCCUUCUCCCUCUCUUUUUUGUGCU